UCUCCGCUUUCAACUCUCCAUCACCAGGUUGCGAUGCCUCAUGGACGGAAUGUGUUUAAUUUUGUGUCUUUUUACCCUCGGAGGAUCAUUUCAGAAAGGUCUAGCAGUUCUGAUCCAAACCCAGCAGACGGUGUUGGCAGCAGUAGGAGAAGAUGCUCCUCUCAGCUGUCAUCUGAUGAUAACUAAAGACGUCCAGCAGGUCACCUGGCAGAAGGUCUUGAAGAAAACAGAGAGGAAUAUUGGUUCCUACAGCGAGUAUUAUGGUGUAACUGUGAAUGACAGAUUUAAAGAUAAAGUUCAGUUUACAGAAGCUGGACUGCAGAAGAACUCGAUAGUUAUCAGGAACGUUACGGAGCAGGAUGCAGGAUGUUACCUGUGUCUGUUUAAUGCAUAUCCUGAUGGAGCUCUGACAGCUGCAACAUGUCUGAAGGUUUAUGAGCUGCAUGGACCCUUCAUUAAUGUCAGCAGAUCAGACUCUCCUCUAGGGUCAGAGGUCACCUGUUCAGCCACAGGUCAACCUGUUCCCAUGGUAACACUGACUGUUCUCCAUCAGAACCUCAGCUUCUCCGACAGCAACACCUGCAGAGAGACCAACACUAACGGUACCGUCACCGUCACCACUACAGCUCUGCUCUCAGCUCUCAGCAACACACAGGUUGGAUGUUCAGUAUCACUGGACUCUGCUGCUGUCAGAGAUCUGCUGGUCAUCGUUCCUGGACUCAUUGAUACGUCUGAUGAUGGUCUGAAUAACCAAUCAGAGUCUUAUCUCAGAGGUUUCAGAUGGCCUCUGAUUGUUGUUGUCCUGGGGAUCCUGAUCCCUGUUGGUGUUUUACUAUUCACAAAAAUAUCUGAGAUGAGGUACAAUGAACCUUCAACAAACACCACAGCCAAUCAGAAAUAAGGAUUUAUUUAUUCAUUCCUGUUACGCAGAUGGAGAUUUAUCUCAUAUUUUAUAUUCCUUCUAAUGUGAUGCAUACUCUCUAUUUUCUAAAUGCUAUAAGGCAGAUUUAUU